UCUGUUCGCUCUUGAAUCUUCUUGCUUUCUCUUUCAGUUUUUGUUUUAAGCAACAACAAUGGCUGGUGAAGAAUCGGUGACCAACAAGCAGGUAGUUCUCAAGAACCAUGUGAGUGCCGGUUUGCCCAAAGAAUCAGACAUGGAGAUCAAAGAAACUAGCAUUCAAUUGAAAGUACCGGAGGGUACUAAAGACGCGAUUUUAGUAAAAAAUCUCUACUUGUCUUGUGAUCCUUACAUGAGGAAUCGUAUGAAGAAGCUCGAAGGUUCGUAUGCGUCGUCUUUCCAGAUUGGCUCGCCUAUAUCCGGUUAUGGAGUGGCCAAAGUUGUGGAUUCUACUCAUUCGGGAUACAAAAAGGGCGAUCUCAUUUGGGGGAUGACUGGUUGGGAAGAGUAUACUCUCAUAACAGCGCCCGAUGGUUUGUUCAAAAUUCAGCACACAGAUGUGCCUCUUACCUACUAUACAGGACUUCUUGGCAUGGCUGGUAUGACCGCUUAUGCUGGUUUUUACGAGGUUUGCUCCCCUAAGAAAGGGGAGUAUGUCUAUGUGUCGGCUGCAUCUGGAGCAGUUGGUCAACUUGUCGGGCAAUUCGCAAAACUGUUCGGCUGCUAUGUUGUUGGAAGUGCUGGAAGCAAAGAGAAAAUUGAUUUGCUGAAGAAUAAAUUCGGGUUUGAUGCGGCCUUCAACUACAAGGAAGAACCAGAUUUAGAUGCUGCUUUAAAAAGGUGCUUUCCAGAAGGUAUCGAUAUUUACUUUGAAAACGUCGGGGGAAAGAUGCUCGACGCAGUGCUGGCUAACAUGAGGGUCCAUGGCCGUAUUGCUGCUUGUGGAAUGAUCUCGCAGUACAACAAUGAGCAGCUUGAUGCGGUGCACAACCUGAUGUAUAUCGUGCCAAAAAGGGUUAGGAUGCAAGGGUUUAUCGUCGGUGAUUUCUAUCACCUGUAUCCCAAGUAUCUAGAAAUGAUUAUACCUUACAUCAAAGAAGGGAAGAUAACAUAUGUUGAAGACAAGGCCGAAGGCCUUGAGAGCGCUCCGGCAGCUCUCAUCGGACUCUUCACUGGUCUCAAUGUCGGGAAACAGCUAGUUGUAGUCUCCCAUGAUUGAUGCAACCAUACGGAACAACUUUUCAGAGGUAAUCCUUGUAUAUGUGUUGUGUUUAUUAUUAGAUGUUAAACAAAAACAAGGAAAUGUCUGAGUAAACAAAUAGGCGUGAUCAUGGAUUGUCUUUGAUAAUUACCAUGUUUUGUGUUGUGGUUGAAUCAAAUGAUCUAUAAUUCCAA